AUGGGGUCAAGAAUUCAAAUGAUGGCAAUCUUCUCAGCAGCUUCAGUUCUAGUGGUCACUGGAAACUCAUCCGAAAGCUCGGAUCUAAACAACACCCAGCCUGCAUCAUUCACAGCUGUGCCAGGUAUUCCAGUCAGUGUCCAAGUCAUUUCUAAUAUUGGAAUGCCCGGAGCGUUACUGUACAAUCGCAAGUCAGACUCUGUGAUCAGUCUCACAUACUCACUCAACUGUACGUCUUAUGAUACGGUCUACAGAAUUCUUGCAACAACAUCAGCGGAAAACGUUGCAAAAAUCACGGAUAAUUCUUCUUUUAAUAUUUCCUGUAUGAGUCUGAAACUUUCUAAUAGUUCCUAUCAGUAUAAAGAAGAUCAUACAGUAACGAUGGCUGACAUGCAGGAAGAUAUGCAUAUAAACCGUGGUGUUUUGUUUCUUGGAGUUGUGAAUGGACAUGUAAACAUGACUGUUGAAGCUGGCAUGAUAGGUAGGUCUUUUAUGCUGCUGUUUGCUCAUAAACUAAGCGGUGCAGAGCCACGAAGAUUUCAUUUCGGAAGCGAAAUACAUAAAGAGAAUGCAUCGUUCUUACCUGAUGAUUUCAUGACAAACACUCCGUACACAACAGAAAUCAGCGUUUCUGCAGUGACAGACGCCAGAAAGGCGGGAGCAGGAAUUCCUGGAUUGCCGCCAAAUGUUGUUGGGAGAGCCAUGAUCAUUGUGAUGCAGCUGCCUCGGACUAUCGACGAGGUGUUCCGCGUUGUUCUCUACGUGGUGAUCGUUCUGGCAACAGCAGGGAUGGGUGUCAAAGUGGACUUCUUUAUUAUCAAACACACUUUGAGGAAACCUGUUGCCCCGAUCAUAGGUCUUGGUUGUCAGUAUAUCUGCAUGCCAUUGAUAGCUUAUCUGGUGGCUAAAGUUGUGCCACAGGAGUCUCCGGCCAUCUCACUGGGCAUCUUUGCUUGUGGGAUCGUCCCCGGGGGCGGACAGAGCAACAUGUUUGCCUACCUAUUGGGCGGUGACUUGUCCUUGUCAGCCACGAUGACAACGCUAAGUAAUAUCGCUUCACUGGGACUGCUGCCCAUGUGGAUUUUUACCCUGGGAGAAACGUUCAAGGACGACACCGUCAAACUGCACGUACCCUUUGAGAAGAUUCUAGAAGCCCUCGCAAUUGCGAUUCUCCCUUUAUUUGUUGGAAUGUUCAUUAGGUAUAAGUUUCCAAAGGUGGCUAACAUUAUUGGCAAAGUUUUGAAACCAGUUCUUAUCGUGAUCGUGGCAUUCAUCAUCUCCUUUGGCAUCUACAUCAACAUCUACAUAUUUGAGAUGAUUCGACCGAUGACGAUCGUAGCUGGGUGCCUUCUUCCCUACAUCGGUUACAUCCUGGGAGGAUUCAUCGCUUUCCUGUGUUGCCGGACCUGGACGGAAAUCAAGACUAUUGCCAUUGAGACCGGAAUUCAGAAUUCAACGAUAGCGUUCAUGAUCCUCUACUUAUCACUACCCCCGCCAGACAACCAACUUGCCACAGUAGGACCUGCAGCCUCUGCCAUCAUGACUCCUUUGCCUCCUCUUCGUGGCAGUGUUUUUGUACAUACUCUACCAGCGUUACUUUAA